GUUUGCGUCCUCGAACAAAAAGCGGAAACAAAAGAAAUCAUACAUUUCUUGAAACUAAUUUUGGUGAGCUGAACCGAGAAACAGUCAUACAACUGACAGCGUCCAGUGUUACACCAUUCAUCUAAAGCAGGAGGGCUGACAUGGCUUUGAAAAGAAUACAGAAGGAGUUACAUGACUUGCAAAGGGACCCUCCUGCUCAAUGCUCAGCUGGACCAGUUGGAGAGGACUUGUUUCAUUGGCAAGCCACCAUCAUGGGACCUACUGACAGCCCAUAUCAGGGAGGAGUGUUCUUCCUCACCAUCCACUUCCCCACAGACUAUCCCUUCAAACCACCAAAGGUAGCCUUCACAACGAAAAUCUAUCACCCAAACAUAAACAGUAAUGGUAGCAUCUGUCUGGACAUUCUGAGGUCACAGUGGUCCCCAGCACUUACAGUUUCGAAAGUUUUAUUGUCCAUAUGUUCUUUGCUAUGUGACCCAAACCCAGAUGACCCCCUAGUCCCAGACAUAGCACACAUCUACAAGCAGGACAAAGAAAAGUACAACAGAUUAGCAAGAGAUUGGACUCAAAAGUAUGCAAUGUAAAGGACUGAAGUUUGAGACGACAAAAGGCUUAAGCAAAUUCAUUUCCUGGACACCUCUGAAAACAAAGUACUGUUGCCACCACCCCUCAUCCACACUGGUUCAAGAAAGUGUUUUAUACGGGAAGCACUUUCUAUGCCCAAAUUAACUGUUUUUAUGCUUUGAACUCAUUAUUUUUUUCUUGUUUGACAUUCCCAAUGUUAUAUAAAUUAUUAUUCCGUUUUUGCUGAUGUGGCCCAUAAAGACAAAUGAAAUAUGAAUCCAGC